UCAUUAUGAAAACACCGGGUCGCCGGCGGCGCGCGGCGCCUGCGCUGCCGGUCCGUGGCAGCUCAGCUCUCAGCUCUCAGCUCCAUAUAAGGCGGCCCAGGUGGCCAAGCAGCCGUCUUCUGCUCUCAGCUGUCGGCCAGUGACCACCUCUCGAGGUCUGUUCACCUCACAGAUGACGUCAUCAAUGUCGGUGCUGCCCCUGGUGCUGCUGGUAGCGGCUGUCGUCCACGGUGACACCCAGGAGGGUCAGAACAUCAGCAAACGCAGCGCCCAUCUCUGCGGAAAACACCUCGUGGAGACCCUCUCCUCAGUCUGUGGAUGGAACGUCGGCAAGCGCGCCGCGGUUGCCGCAGGAUUUCUGCCGGAGGAGCCGCUGUACGGCCGUCUCAGUGACAGUCGCUGGCUGGAGCUGCCGUCCGGUGACGUCGUACCCUCGGCCGAUAUGACGUCAGUGCGGCAGCGCGUGCUGCAGAACCUGUUCACACCGCACUCUCAGGAGAGGCGGCUGUUCGCUGGGGGCAUCCGAAACAAGCGCUCCAUCGUGGACGAGUGCUGCGACACUCCGUGUGACCUCAAAACGCUGAGUAUGUACUGCUGAUGAGCCCGCAAGGAAUCGCCACCGUAUUGACGACGUAUGGGGUUUAUGACGUCACUUAGUGGACGAUCACACUGGAGUUGAUAAACGGUUUUGAAUCGUUGGACAGGGAACUGAUAAAGGCUGGUAACUGAAUAGUGGAUAGUAAAUAUAUGAGGA